CAAUUGUACGAGCGUGCGAUCGAGAAGUGCCAUAACCGCGACGCUAUGCUUAAACUGGCCUGCCUGCUGCGGGACGGAGCGGGCGGGGUUUCGCGGGAUGCAGCGCGAGCAACGAGGCUGUUCCAAGCCGGGAUGAACGGGCGCGAUGGGGGUGGGGCGAUGGAUGUUCUCGAGCGACUGGUGCAGGACGCAACCGGGCGGCGCUGAGCCCAGCACGGGGCAGACGGGGGCAACGCAUGGCGUCCGGCAAUCUGAAAGGGGGGAGGCGGUGGACGACUGCGCGGGUGACUUGUUCACCGACGUCGCGGGCAUCGGCGACGUGGGCACGCCUGCGAAGGAGAGAGGGGAUGGCAUCCUUGGUGUCACGCGGACGGCUGCACAAGUGUUCCGUUUCGGCAUGUAGAAAACCUCGUUGAUCGCUAUUAUGCCCUCAAGAGUAAUGGCUUUGGCAAUGGCACCAUGGGUAGGUACGAUGAGCGACGAGGCUGAAGAGGAAUGCAAGGCUUGGACAUGAAGACAUGGGACUGCUAGUGCAACUAGUGCAAUGUGUUCUCGUCAGAGCUGGGCCCCACUCGACAGCACGCUGGCCUCAGAUGAGCGACGACGCUGAAGAGGAACGCAAGACUUGGACAUGAAAACAUGGGACUGCUUGUCCAAUGUACUCUCGUCAGAGCUGCGACCCCCUCGACAGCGUGCUGGCCUCAGGGGUGGUCUGGGUCUUCAAAAGGGAACAAGGCGGGAUGACCGCGGAGGAAGGAGCAACGUCAGGGAUCAGGCGCUGCAGCCUGACGCUGAAGCCUCUGCGCCACGGAUCCAAGUGUACACGUGACAUUGGCCGCUGUUGAAUUCUCUGCUGAAAUGUGUCUGCUGUGAUGCAGCGGUUGGCUGAAACAGAUCUUCGGGAAAUUACAGUAGAUUUAAUUGAUAAUUACUAAAACAGUAAGAGCAUCCCCACCGGCGAGUGUAAAGUGCUAAAUAUUUUAGAAACUUGGCGAGCCUUGAUUGGCCUCUCGCUAUUAUACACCUUUGCUUUUUUAAGACCUUGCCGAGCACUGCAUUGACCUGCAGGUCAACCCCACCGGCAAAAACGCGCACCCUCCUACUUGUGAAGUGCAUGCUCCUACUCACUGAAGUCCGAUGCAAACGCCUUCACAACCUCCACGGAGUACCAUUGGCAUCUCUGACUUCGUGGAGGACGACAUUCUCGAUAUUGUUGAGGAUGUUUUGUCCUCGGACAGCGACAGCGAGCCCCCAAAACACAAAGGCUCUUAUCCGGGGAAAAAGCCAAAUCUCGAGCGCAACCCAAAACGAGAGCGAGGUGCGCAGCUGCUAGUGACGGCUGUCCCUUCGAAAGACGUAGGGUGGCUGCCAGACAAACUUACGUUUAGUGCAGACAUGUACAGGAUGGGGAGGAGUGUUGGUGGAGACUCUCCUCUCCACUGGAGAGAGAGGCUCAACUUCAAGACCCCUUCAACCAACUUUGACUUCGCGGGAAAAUGGAAUUUGAACCAAUCAGCGUUCGCCACCUCAUAUGCAUAG